GCACACACACACAGAGUCACACACUCCUUUCUCUUUUCAAAAGCCCCUUGUGAAGCAGAUUGACAGGCUAGAAUGAAAAUGAGGCGGACGCUCGGUCACGACUUCAGUGCGUACGCGUCCUUUUGAGAAGACCUCUAAACUUGGAUCAUAUCACCAUGGGAGCUAUUUGGGCUGCAAGGGACUUCUGUUUGUUUUUGCUCUUGUUAAACAGUCGCCAAAGCGCAGCGCUUCCAGAGAUUCGAGCAGAUCCGUGCGCAGAGGGAAGUGAUGGCUGUCACAUUGAUGCCAUUUGUCAGACUACCCAAGUCUCGUACAAGUGCACGUGUAAAGCAGGCUUUAAAGGCGACGGGAAACACUGUGAAGAUAUUGAUGAAUGCGACUUGGCGUACAAUGGUGGUUGUGUACAUGAGUGCAACAACAUACCCGGCAAUUAUCGCUGCACUUGUUAUGAUGGAUUCAAUUUGGCACACGAUGGACAUAACUGUCUAGACGUUGAUGAAUGCAAGUUCAACAAUGGCGGGUGCCAACACACUUGUGUCAACACCAUGGGCAGCUACGAAUGUCGCUGCAAAGAGGGCUUCUUCCUCAGCGACAACCAGCACACAUGUAUCCACCGCUCUGUGGAGGGCCUCAACUGUAUGAAUAAGGAGCACGGCUGCGCCCACAUCUGCAAGGAGACACCCAAAGGAGGUGUGGCUUGUGAGUGUCGCCCAGGGUUUGAGCUGGCCAGGAACCAGAGUGGCUGCAUCUUGACUUGCAACCAUGGCAACGGAGGCUGCCAGCACACCUGCGAGGACACAGAGAACGGCCCCAUAUGCAGGUGUCACGUCAGAUACGCUCUGCAACCCGACAAGAGGUCUUGUGUAGAACGAGAUGAAGCGACCACAGAGCCUGCCGACCACAACUCCACGUCCUUUGCUGAAGUGGACAAACGUGUCAAGAGGAGACUGCUAAUGGAAACCUGUGCGGUGAACAACGGGGGCUGUGACUGCACCUGCAAGGAUACAUCCACAGGCGUGCGCUGCAGCUGCCCCGUUGGCUUCACUCUGCAGCCGGACGGAAAAACAUGCAAAGAUAUUGACGAGUGUGAGCUUCACAACGGCGGAUGCGACCACUCCUGCAGGAACACCAUCGGCAGCUUUGAGUGCAACUGCAGGAAAGGCUUCAAGCUGCUGUCGGAUGAACGUUCUUGUCAAGAUAUAGAUGAGUGUUUUUUUGAGCGUACAUGUGAUCACACGUGUGUGAACUCCCCCGGUGGUUUUCAGUGUCUGUGCAACAAAGGCUAUACCAUGUACGGACUGGCCCAUUGCGGAGAUAUAAAUGAGUGCAGUGUGAAUAAUGGCGGCUGUGAGCAGGGCUGCGAGAACACAAUGGGUGGAUUUGAGUGUUUUUGCCGUCCUGGCUAUAAGCUGCAUUGGAACAAAAAGGACUGUAUUGAGGCUGAGGGUUUACCACCUGCAAAACCCCCCUCUAAACCUACCUUGAACUGUAGCAAGCAGGAGGGAGGGGACCGCUGCUUCCUGACCUGCCAGUCCCAAGUUCAUAUCAGCAGCGGGACGGAGGAUUCCUACACGGUGACCUGUGGAAUGCCUCUGCCCUGCUUGGCUGAUGCACAAAAGAACAACUCUGGCUUGUAUUGCUUAGGUCCAGAAAUGCCCAUUGUUCCACGCAUUAAGACCACGGCUACUUUUAAGUCUGGCUCUGGCAAAUGCAACUUAAAAAGAAGUCAGGAGAAACUCAGGGAGACCUUAAACUCAGCACACUCAGGUAGUAGGUUUCUCUUCACUGAAAAUGUCCAGUUCAGUUACGUGAGCCUGCGCUGCACCUCGUCCGGACAGCGAACACGCAGCCGCCACGGCAGGAAAGCCGGCGAGGAGGACGGCUCCUCGAUCACAGCUGAGUUUGAGCUGGAUGUGAACCUAGAGGAGGUAACAGCAGAGAGUUGUGACCUGAACUGUGUGCGUCGGCGCUCAGAGAAGAGGCUCAGGAAGACCAUCCGGACCUUGAGGAAGUCCAUCAACCGGGAGCAGUUCCACCUCCACUUUGCCGGGGCUGACUACGAGCUAUCCAAGGGUCUGGGCCAGGCUUCAGAGCUGCCAGGACACUGUGUGGCAGGACAGGUGCUGGUGGGCAGGAAAUGUGUGAGCUGUAGUGUUGGGACGUACUACGACGGCGAUCAAGGCCGCUGCGUACAGUGUCCAGCUGGAACGUAUCAGGAUGAGGAGGGACAGAUGUCUUGUGAAGUUUGCCCUGGACCAGAAGGAAGAGAAGUCUCCAAAGUUGCCGGAGCUCGAAACAUGUCAGAGUGUGGAGGUCAAUGCCCUCCUGGUCAGUAUUCCCAAGAUGGCUUCACCCCCUGCCUGUCGUGUCCACUGGGAAUGUACCAGCCAGAAGUGGGACGCACUUCCUGCUUCCCUUGUGGAGGGAACCUGGUCACCAAACGCAGUGGAGCUGUCACCUUUCAGGAGUGUGAGACCAAAGUCCAGUGCUCUCCAGGGCAUUACUACAACACCAGCACACACCGCUGCAUUCGCUGUCCCACCGGCACAUUUCAAGGGGAGUUUGGCCAGAACUACUGCGUUGCUUGCCCUGGAAACACCACCACUGACUUUGAUGGCUCCACUAACAUCAUGCAGUGCAAAAACCGACAGUGUGGAGGAGAGCUGGGAGAUUUUACUGGCUACAUCGAGUCGCCCAAUUACCCGGGCAACUAUCCAGCCAAUGUUGAGUGCACAUGGACCAUCAACCCACCACCCAAACGCAGGAUCCUUAUUGUUGUCCCAGAAAUCUUUCUGCCAAUUGAGGACGAAUGUGGGGACUACUUAGUAAUGAGAAAAAGCUCUCUAGCCAACUCUGUGACAACUUAUGAGACGUGUCAGACAUACGAGCGGCCCAUCGCUUUCACUUCCCGCUCCAAGAGGCUGUGGAUACAGUUCAGGUCCAACGAAGGAAACAGCGGGAAAGGCUUCCAGGUCCCAUAUGUGACGUAUGACGAGGACUACCAAGAAUUGAUAGAAGACAUUGUCAGAGAUGGAAGAUUGUAUGCGUCAGAGAAUCACCAGGAAAUUCUGAAGGACAAGAAGCUCAUGCAGGCGUUGUUCGACGUGCUUGCUCACCCUCAGAACUUCUUUAACUACACAGCACAAGAGUCAAGAGAAAUGUUCCCGAAAUCCUUCAUCCGCUUCCUGCGUUCCAAAGUCCUGAGAUUUCUUCGUCCUUAAAUACCUCUUACUACAGGGUUUAUAUGUUUUUAAUUUCAAUUUAGAUUAGAUACUGGCCACAGUAUCUGUUUUAUCCACUGGCCUUCUUAAAGAGUAUUCUGUAGUUACCCGUUUUCACUCAGAGCUUUACUGGAGUGGAGCACACGUUUGAUGGAACUGAUCCUGGGGGGAGGGGGGGACAACUGAACCAAGUGGACUUAUAACUGGAGCUUUAUGAGGGAGAACUGGAGUGGUACCGAGUGUAAACCUGCAAUGGUCUGACUCAGAAAGGAAUCUCUUUCCUCUGUCUGGAAAUAUAUUUUUAGCAAGAUUUGUAAAGACUUUAUACCUUAUUUUAGAUUGUAAAGUCAGGAUUUAAAUCCAAAGUGCACCCCUGUGUGUUUAAAUACUGCUAAAUACAUGACAUGCUGACAACAUGGGACUCUUGCUAAUAGCAUUGUGAUGGAAAACAAAUAUGGUAGCUAAACAGAUAUAUACUGAAUGUCGGUGACACUGUAUAUAGAGUGUGUAUCUAGUUUUAACAUAGGCUACUUUCACAGAUAGAGAUGAAUUAUUGACAGAAAUACUGCAAAAUGUCAAGAACAAAUAUAGCACAAAUGUUUUUUGGGAACAUUAGCACUGCUAAAGAAGUAAUCCCACCACAAAAGCAAUUAUUCUGAUGAAUGUUUUGUAUAUGAUGUAAAAAGUUUCAGGUGAAACGCAAAGGUAUUGUAGUUACUGCAUACGUUUUGAGAGAGGUUUGAUAAUUCAGGGUGUCUGGAUUAGUACUGCUAUUCUUAAACAAACUUUACCGAGUUAAAAAAAAAUGACAAUGCUUUUAUGCAUGAGACAUUGACGGCUCCAGCAAAAUGACACCAGUAUCCACGAGUACAUUUUGUAUUGUGGACUAGCAACCAAAGACGACUGAUCCCUCUGCAGACACUAAGAGCAAAUGAAAGAUGUGGUGUCAGAAUCAAAAUUCUUGUAAAAUACAAUUGACAUAUUCACCUCUUUUAGAUGAUACAUGUAUGUAUAUUUUUAUGGCUUUGUACAUCGAAUAUGCUGUAAAUAAAGAUAGGAAACUUA